AGACAGUGACCUCCUCACAGGUCCGGGAGCACCAGCAAACGGCAGCCUCUGAGAGGCCUGAGGCACAAUGGAGAAAGGAAAGGGAGUGUCCAGAAAAGGCCGGAAGCUGGCAUCCAGCCGGCGGAGGCAGGCACGAGAGCCAGCUGACGGUCAGGAUGCCCCUGUGGCCCUGGAGACUGAGUCCUGGCCCUCUGAUGCUGAUGCGGAGCUUCAGGGCUUCUUCCAGGACUGUGGAGCCAAGGAGAGGGGCUUUGUUACCCGGGAGGAUCUGGCGGAGGCCAGUUUCAGCUUCCUGGGUGGCGAGGAGCCGCAGAUGAUAUUUGACUGGGUGGACGUCGAGAGUAGGGGCCGCCUGUCGCUGGAAGAAUUCAGCUCUGGACUCAAAAAUGUCUUUGGCUCCAGCCCUGGUACCCAUAGACUCCGCACAAAGCGGUCAUUGCCCUCUCAACGAGAAUCUGUGACUUCCACCUUCCCUGUCCCCGAGGAGGCUGAUGCUGAGGAGAAAGAGGCCUUCCUGGCCCUUGUAGGGCAGAUGGAGACUGGCCACUCCCUUUCUGAGCAAGCUGAGAUCUGGAAGCUGUGGAGAGAGUUGCGGCAGGAGGAGCCCCAGUUGGCAGGCAACUUGGAGGGCUUCCUGGCCAAGAUGAACAGCCGCUUGCAGGAGGCUCAGGCCGACAGGGAGGCACUGGCGUGGACCCUGAGAAAGCGAGACUCUGACCAUCUCCACAAGGUGAGACAGCUCUACGAGGAGACAGAGGAGCAGAUCCUCAGGGAGAAGCAGCAGCUGCAGGCCCAGAGCAACUCCCGGGGCAUGGCUCUCAGUGCUCACAUGCAGGAGGCCCUGGAGGCCAAGGAGCAAGAGGUUCAGCGGCUAGCAGAAGGCCAGAGAGAGCUAGAGGCUCAGCUCCUUCACCUCAGCAGCACACAGCAAGAGGCCAACCGGGAGAACCUGCAGCUCCGGGAGGCUGAGCGGGACCUGGCUGGGCAGCUAGAAGAGGUGCGGGGACAGCUGCAGGUGACAAGAGGACACUUGGAUACUGCCAGGACUAGGGGCAAAGUGUCCUGGCAGAUAGAGGAAGAGCCAAGUGUCCCCAGGGCAAAUAAGGAGGCUCCAGACCCUCAGGCUGUCCCCACAGAGGAGGCCCCACUGCCUGAGCUGUUUGGGAAUAAUGACAACUGGGACCAGUUCCUCAGCAGCAUUGAAGACCACUCCUACAGAACCCUGCAGCUUUGCUGGAGCCCACCCCCAAGCCCGAGUAGCACCUCUGCCCCCCAGACUCCCCGCAUUGUUAGACAGAUCUCCAUUUCCAAGAUGUCUGCUCUGCAGUUUUCUCAGGCUCCAGCCUCAGAUCCAGACCUGGGUCCAAGAGGCUCCCCCGAGGUGCCUCCUGGUGGUGCCAAAGAUGGAAAAGGGGUGGAGGACCCCAAGGGACAGGAUGAGCAGGGUGUCAGUUCUAAGCAGCCUGUGGACUCCCCUGACUCAGAUGCCAGACCCAAGGGCCCUUUCCUCUGGAGUCUGCCAGGAGCCCUGACGGGGGAGUCUGGGACUGUUGAAGCAGCUUUCAGAGAUCAGCUUGCUUUUGAGGCUGAGCCCCCUCCUCAAGGGCUCUCUUCUUCUCCUCAGUCCCCAGCCGAGCCCAGAAAACAGACCCAGACUCCAGAUCUGGGUGACAAGAGCCUUUGGUCUGGACCCGAUCCAGCCAAACUGUCCUUAGAAAGAGAGGUCAUGGCAGAUGACCUGAAGCUGGGGUUAGGGUCUCAGGGAGCCACAGCUCUCCCUGAGGGAGCCACAGAGCCUUCUCUGAGCCUGGAGGCUGUGGACCAAGUAGGCCCAGAGAGACCAGUGCAGGAUGCAGCACAUCUGGCUAGGCAGGAGAGCCAUGCUAGGGGAUUCCAAGAAGCCCCUGGCCAAGUCCUUAGUCUGGAUAGCCUGCCUACCCACCUCCCCCAGAGUCUCGAGGAGCAGCUCAGGCCCGAGGAAGGAAACUUAGGAGAAAGAGGUCAGCAGGACCCCGGAUCAGAAGCCAGGGAGGCUCAUAGCCUGGAAACUAGAAGCACUGAAUCACCCCAGCAAGAUGACCCCAUGCCUAACACAUCACAGCCUCCUGCUGAGAUGGAAGUCCCUGCUCCUGGCCAGAUGUCUCCUCCGAGGGGCUCUCCCAUCUUGGGGGCUGGGGCUGGGCUUGCAGUGGGAACCCCAGAGGCCACACACACUCUCCUUACCCUGGCUGAGUCAGAAGCCCAGCCUGGGCCCAUGUCCAUGCCUGUUCAGGUGGAGAGCAAGUCAGGUGCCCCUCAGCCCACAGAGCCAGAGGCAGAAAGCAGGCCGGAGGACCCAAGAACAGACUUACAGGAGGCUGAACCGAGUUCUUCCCCUGGGGACCUCACUGCUGGCAAGCCUCAGACUGACCCUGACUACCUCUACCAUGUCAUCUUCUUGGGGGACUCCAAUGUGGGCAAGACAUCAUUCCUACACCUGCUACAUCAUGACGCUUUUGCUACUGGGCUGACGGCCACUGUAGGGGUGGAUUUUCGUGUCAAAAACCUGCUGGUAGACAACAAAACCUUCGCCCUGCAGCUGUGGGACACAGCUGGACAAGAGAGGUACCACAGCCUCACACGACAGCUGCUUCGCAAGGCAGAGGGGGUGGUGCUCAUGUAUGACGUCACCUCCCAGGAGAGCUUCACCCACGUGCGUUACUGGCUCGACUGUCUGCAGGAUGCAGGUGUAGAGGGGGUGGCCAUGGUCCUGCUGGGAAACAAGAUGGACUGUGAGGAGGAGAGGCAGGUACCCACUGAAGCUGGCAGAAGGCUCGCCCAGGAGCUGGGGGUGUCCUUCGGUGAGUGCAGCGCUGCCCUGGGUCACAAUAUCCUGGAGCCCAUGAUGAACCUGGCUCGGUCACUUAAGAUGCAAGAAGACCGCCUGAAAGCCUCAUUGGCAGAAGUGACACACCCACAGUCAACCAAGAGAGCUGGCUGCUGCCGCUGAUCACCAGCAUGGUCCGAUCCUAGACUGACUCUUCCCGUGGCUCCCAUUCUGCUUCUUAGACACAGCUGGGACAUAGAAACCCUGCAGGGGCCAAUGUCACCUCUGUUCCACUGAGCAAACAUGCCAGGGGUGAACGGCAGGACAAAUCUAGAUAAACUCCACACAAAGUGUCCCCAAGUCUUUCAUUCACCCCAGGUGAAGAGAUGGUAGGGUAUUCUAGUUUCAUUUCUGCGAUGGUAAAGACUGAUCAAGAGCAGCUCAGAGGCGGGGAAGGGCUCUUCCAGCUUAUGCCAGGCCGCUGCCAUCAUUGUCAAGACAGGAACUGAAGCGGGAGCCACGGAGGACUGCUGCUUACUGGCUCACACACUGCCUAAUGCUUAGCUUUUAUAGAUUGCCCAGGUCUACCUGCCUAGGGUUGGUACUGCCCACAGUGGAUUGAAUCAAUCAUCAAGCAAAGCAGUGCCCGGCACACAUGCCCAGCCCAGGAGGGUUGGCGAGGACAAUUCUCUAUUUAAGAAUUUCCUGGUUGAUUCUAGAUGGUGUUAGGUUGAUAAUAAAAAAUGAUCCAGGAUGCAGGACACACGUGGGGGAGGGUGCUAUUCUCCUUUUGAAUAUUUUUGGGGUUUUGUCGGUGUCUGGGGACAUCUUGUACAACCAGGGGAUGGGAUUGUGGAGAAGGAAAUAAAGCUUGCAGG